AUGCCUGUCCCCACGUCGUCGGUUGAGACGAGAACGCUGGAGAACCCUGGUGUCGGCGAGCUCCAGAUUUCGAUUCGGAGUACAGGCAUUUGUGGUUCCGACGUCAGCUAUUACAAGAAGUUUGCCAAUGGCGACCUCUGUGCCUGCCAUCCCCUGUCCCUGGGACACGAGUCAUCAGGAGUUGUCGUUGCCAUUGGAUCGCAAGUCAACGGCUUCAAGCUUGGCGAUCGCGUGGCUCUCGAAGUCGGUGUGCCUUGCAGCCAGUGCUCCACCUGCAGGAAAGGCAGGUACAAUCUAUGCAAAAAGUUGAGAUUCAGGAGCAGCGCCAAAACCGUCCCCCACUAUCAGGGCACCCUCCAGGAUCGGAUCAACCACCCGGCCAACUGGUGCCACAAGAUUCCAGACCAUGUUUCCUUCGACUCGGCCGCUCUUCUCGAACCCCUUUCCGUCGCUAUCCAUGCGGUCAAUCGCGCCGCCCCAGCGCCUGGCUCCACGGCACUCGUCAUCGGUGCCGGGACAGUCGGCCUGCUGACUGCUGCCAUGGCGCGACAGGCUGGCUGUUCUGAGGUCACCAUCACGGACGUAGAUGCCGGCCGGGUCAACUAUGCCAUCACAAAGGGCUUCGCCACGCACGGCUAUGUCGUGCCCAACAUGCAGUCUGGCACCUCAACUCCGGCCGAUUCGGGCGUCAUGACGCCUUCCAGCAUCUUCUCAGUCCAGAGCGUGCAGAGCAAAUUUGACGGCGCAAAGUCACUUGCCGCCGAGCUUUUGGCCAUUACCAAGGUGCCUGAGUACCUUGACGACGAUGACGAGCAUGACGGUGUCGAUAUCGCUUUCGAGUGUACCGGCAAGGAGGUCUGCAUGCACACCAGCUUAUAUGCGACGAAGCCGGGCGGCAAGGUCAUCAUGGUCGGCAUGGGCACGCCAGUGCAGACACUGCCUCUGUCCGUCGCUCACCUCAAAGAAAUUGACAUCCUGGGCAUCUUCAGAUACGCCAAUACCUACCCGACGGGCGUUCAGCUUCUGUGCGCAAAGAACAGAGCCAACAUUCCGAACCUCGAUGACAUGGUCACGCACCGUUUCAAGGGGCUCGAGAACGCUUCCAAGGCGUUUGAGCUGGCGAGUCGGACGUUUGACGACGAGGGGAAAUUAGUGCUCAAGGUUGUUAUCGAGGCUUGA